GUUCCCAUUUGCUUUCGUCUGUCUCUGCACCCGUCUUCGUUUGUCUUGGUUCACUCUGUCACAAGGUGCGUCCUUGCAUACAGCAGAGAUCGUCCUGUUCUUCGUGCGGCGAACCCGGCGGGAGUACCUGCAUGCAGGGGAAUGCACAAACAUUGCUGAGACAGACGAUAUAUCACAACGAUGGAAAACAACAUCACUUUUCAAGAGGGUAGUGACACAUCAUACGAAAACAAUGACUUCACCUUCCCUUCCCCUUUCACACUGAGCAGCCCCAGCCACAGCGGCAGCUAUGACCUGGAGCAGAGGAGGACAGAGGAGGAGAAGGAGACACCAGUGGAGACCAUAAUUCUCCCCUCAGACUCAGAGGCAUAUUUGAACCUAAACACCAAUGCCAACACGAGAGGUGAUGCUCAGGCCUAUGUGGAACUUAAUGAGUUCCAGGGCACCAACUGGCAGGAACGUGGCCGAUGGAUUGGCUAUGAGGAGAACUUGGACCUAGCCACAGGAAAAUGGAGCCGCUCACAUGUCUCCUACCUCACCUUUAAGAGUCUGAUCCAGCUUCGCAGGACCAUGAGCACAGGGGCUGUUAUCCUUGACCUGAAUGCCAGCAGUCUGUCUGCCGUGCUUGAGAAGAUAGUUGAUGAACUACAGAAGAAGAAUGAGAUUCGCAGCAGUGAUCGAGAUGCCCUUCUGAGGGUUCUCUUGAUGAAACGGAGUCAGUCUGAGACAGCUGCGGUUACUCCCUCAGGAGACAUUGAGAUGAACACCUUUUCUGUCACUAAGAAGAGAGAAAUCUCAGACAAUAUGGAGGCCUCCAUUAUCCUGUCAGGUGUGCUGGAUUUUCUGGAGAAGCCAGCGGUAGCCUUCGUUCGGCUGAAGGACUCUGUGGUGAUGGAGUCUGCCCUGGAGGCCCCGGUGCCUGUACGCUUCAUCUUUGUCCUGGUGGGCCCCAGUUAUAGUGGACUGGACUUCCAUGAGAGUGGACGUGCCAUGGGCACCCUGAUGGCUGACUGGGUAUUCAGCCUGGAGGCCUACCUGGCCCAGAGUGAUAAAGAACUGACCAACGCCAUCGCUGACUUCACGGACUGCAGCAUUGUCAUCCCCCCCACUGAAAUCCAGGACCAGGCCAUGCUGGAGCCCAUCGUCAAUUUCCAGGCGAAAAUGCUGUGUGACAGAUUUCGCCCCUUUGACAGCCGCCUCGCCUUUGGAGACAGGGUCAAAUUUGAGAAGCCCCCAGAGGAGCCCAGAGAGGACCCUCUGGCCCGCACAGGCAUUCCUUUUGGUGGGAUGGUGCGAGACAUGAAACGCCGCUACCGACACUACCUCAGUGACUUCACUGACGCCAUGAACCCACAGGUCCUGGCUGCUGUCAUCUUCAUCUACUUUGCUGCCCUGUCCCCUGCCAUUACUUUUGGAGGACUUUUAUCCGAUAAAACUGAAAAAAUGAUGGGUGUCUCAGAGCUUAUGAUCUCCACCAGCAUUCAGGGAAUCAUCUUCUGUCUCAUCGCUGCCCAGCCAGUUCUCGUCAUCGGCUUCUCCGGACCACUGCUGGUGUUUGAGGAAGCUUUCUAUGCAUUCUGCAAGGCUCAGAACAUUGAAUACAUUGUGGGCCGCAUCUGGGUGGGAAUGUGGCUGAUAGUGAUCGUGAUCAUUAUUGUGGCUGUGGAGGGCAGCUUCCUGGUCCGCUUCAUCUCCCGCUUCACCCAGGAAAUUUUCUCCAUCCUCAUCUCUCUCAUCUUCAUCUAUGAGACCUUCAGCAAACUCAUCAAGAUCUUCAAAGCCCACCCCCUUAUUUUGAACUAUGACCAUCUGAACGACACACUGGAGAACCCCUUCCACCCAGUCAUCAAGGAGCACGUAGAGUACCACCCGGAUGGCAAUAAGACCGUUAAAGAGAUUGAGUAUGAGAGGCCCUACCCCAACACUGCACUGCUAUCCAUGUGCCUCAUGUUUGGCUGUUUCUUCAUUGCAUACUUCCUGCGGCAGUUCAAGAAUGGUCACUUCCUUCCUGGCCCAAUUCGUCGCUUGAUUGGAGACUUUGGUGUGCCAAUUGCUAUUUUCAUCAUGAUAGCUGUGGAUAUCUGUAUUGAGGAUGCCUAUACUCAGAAAUUGGUUGUGCCAAAAGGUAUUGAGGUAACCAACCCUAGAGCUAGAGGCUGGUUCAUCAAUCCCAUGGGAGAGAAGCAGGACUUCCCCAUCUGGAUGAUGGCAGCCUGCUGCGUGCCAGCACUGCUGGUCUUCAUCCUCAUCUUCCUCGAAUCCCAGAUCACUACGUUGAUUGUGAGCAAGCCUGAGAGGAAGAUGAUGAAAGGAUCUGGAUUCCAUUUUGAUCUACUCAUCCUGGUCACUAUGGGUGGUAUUGCCUCUGUCUUUGGUGUUCCCUGGCUCAGCGCUGCCACAGUGCGUUCUGUCACCCAUGCUAAUGCCCUCACUGUCAUGAGCAAGGGCCCGAAGCCAGAGAUUGAGAAGGUGCUUGAGCAGAGGAUCAGUGGCUUUCUUGUGGCCAUAAUGGUUGGCGUGUCUAUUUACAUGGAACCUAUACUGAAGAUGAUCCCCAUGACAGCGUUGUUUGGAAUCUUCCUCUACAUGGGUAUCACCUCCCUUAGUGGGAUUCAGAUGUGGGACAGGAUGCUUCUUCUGAUAGUACCCAAGAAGUACCACCCCUCGGAUGCCUAUGCCACCAGGGUGAGAACAUCAAGGAUGCAUUUGUUCACUAUAAUCCAGAUCGUGUGCCUGGCUGUUCUGUGGGUUGUCAAGAUCAGCCCCUUCUCCCUAGCACUGCCAUUCGUCCUUAUUCUGACCAUCCCACUGCGUAUAUUCAUGACCGGCAGGGUCUUCUCUCACAUGGAGAUGAAAUGUCUGGAUGCCGAUGAUGCCAAAGUGGUUUUCGAGGAGGAACCCGGGGAGGAUGUGUACAAUGAGUCACCACUACCAUAAACACACCCAUAUCGUCCAUUUCUUUUUCAUUCCCAGAAGUUAAAAUGAACUUGAUACCACUGAUAAACAAAACGGAAAAAUGUAUGUAAUGUGGCUUCAAUUUUUUUUUCGUUUUCCAAAAUGUAUGUGCAACAAUUCAGUUUUUUGUGAUGCCUGUUGCCAAAGUGGGAAACCCACUCCAUUUUACAAUUCACGCAAUAUUCUUGUGGCCUAGGACAGCUGAGACAGUAUUUAUGAACAGGGAACACUCAGUAUGAGGCUAGGAACCUUGGAACCAAUAACAUUAGCUACAAUGUCAUCAAGAUGUAUUACCUAGAACUUUUAGAUGUGCAGUGAAUGAGAAAGUGACUUUGCAGAAAUACAAGUUGCUGAAGCUUUUACACACAAAUGCUAGCAGAUUUAUUUUACAUAACUGUCAUAGGUUGUAGAAAUGACAGAUGUCAGCCAGGGUUAAGACAAAAGCACCAGUUUAUUGUUCCACAGGCACUCUUAAUCAAUACAGCCCUCCUUUUAGAUCAUUUAUUCCACUGAUUAAAAACAGUCUUGUGACUGACUUUCCAAUUGGCACUUACUAGAUCAUCGCAGUCUCACUGCAGGGCAGCUGCAUCCACAGGUUAGUGACUGAUACAGCUGUGACUGACCUCAACCCUCUGCAGCUGUGUUGCUGAGGUGACAGAGCUGUGCAAGGCUCUCCAUCUGCAGCAAGCACAAAAACCACAUCCCGCUCCCACAAUCCCCAUUUACUUCUUAGGCACUAAUCUGAUGUUCUUAUUCUAAGCAAUUCAUGAUAAGUCGAACAGUAAAUGACUACAGAAUGGUCACAUAACCACAAAUUGCCAGGCUCGGAAAAAGAACGAGAGCUAAUGAUAAAAUUGUAACAAUUGUCUGUAAAUUUAUGAGGGCAUCAGUAUUAAGCCAGUUAAAACCACAUACCAACAAAAACCCCUUGGCUGCCACUUUUUUCCAUCUUUUCUUUUUGAUUGUCUUUAUUCAUAUUUCCUUGAUAUGAAAUUCCAGCCUUAGGGUCAUGACAAAUACAUUAUUGGGGAAAGUAGUGACUGUUACAGCACAUGAAAACAAUGGAGUUUCAAGAAUGACUUGUAUGUUUCUUUGAUUUCUCAGGUAAAUCAGUUUAGAAUAUUCAACUAAAUUUAAGUGCUUAUGCAUAGCUUGAAAUACCAGUGCUAGGACAAUUAAGACCCAUGUUAUGAUAUACCAUUGACUUAACCUUAUCUGCACUAGUUGUGCUACACAGAAUUAUAAAGUAUUGUUUUACUGAUGCAUAUUUACACUGAUGCACUCUAAAGGGACUAUCACUUCAACAUUUUGUUUUAUACUCUCCUUAGUAUUUUAUUAUCCUUUGUUAUAUUAUAUAUAGUUUGAGUCAGUGCCUCAAUGUGGCAUGUCUGUAUUGUGUUUGUGAAAAUAAAGUUAUGCGUUUUCUCUCCUUGUCCCUGUUGACUUAAGAUAUGGGUAUAAUUUGUAUAACGGAAGAUGAAUUACACUUACUGCUACAUUGCUGUAUCUCAGCGGAGCUCUCUCGGCCAAGUCAUGAGAAGAGGGAGUGUAAGUGCUUUUGCCAUUUUAUGAGAUUAACCA